UGUUUGGAACCGAACACAGUCAGUCUGUUCGACUCCAACAUUAAUCGCAGCAUAAACAGCGCUUCAUUUAUCAGAUUGGAUUUAGAGUAUUCAGGAUGAUUUUGUCGAGUGUCUCCAGAUUGCUGAGAAAUGCAGCGAGGACUCAGCUAGUCCCCAGAGCCAGAAUAUCGUCCCAGCCGCCUGAGGAGCCCUUGACGGCAGUGGACCUGGUUGUUGGUAUCACAGCGCUCUCUGUGGUCAUCCUUGGCCCAUCCUGUUGGAUACUGUCUCACCUGGAAGACUACAAGAAAAGACCAUAAA